AUGGAGAAGCUCGGGGUCACGGUCAGCCUCACUUCUGGGUAUAGGCCUCAGUCUAACAGGCAGGUGGAGAGAAUGAACCAGGAGCUGGGGAGGUUCCUGAGGAGUCACUGCCAGGACCGGGAAGGGACAGUGGUUCCUGGUCCCCUGGCUGAUGUUGUCCCCAAGACACCCCUCCGCCCUCCCUGGAUGUCAAAGGAGGAUGAUAAGAUGUUCAGCUUGGUCAUGCAGUUCAGGCUGCCAGGAAACCACAUGACUGAAGACCCUGUGUAUAGAGUGGGCAAAACCUGUAGCUACACCCCCUGGACCUCCCGAGAGAUUCUGUGCGACCGCAACUACAUGGAGGCAAGACUCUUCCAGACAUCCAAACCGUCCCUGAACUGCCCACUGGAGGCCCGAAAGCAAGGAGCGGCAACUUCCGGAGAGGAGAUGAGGUUGCCCCCUGAACAGGUGCUCUCAACCUCAACCUUCUUUGAGCAGAAGUGGCUGGUUACUCGAGUAGAUGCCACGGCUGUUUGUCCAACACCAGGGGCAGUGGCCUUUACUCCAGAAGUGAUCACCUGGUACAUGCCCAAGCACAUAGACCCACUUUUCUCCUCUGAUGCCUUCACCAUGUUGGAGGUGUACAUGGGAAUUGACGCUAAGAGGCUGGACACUGAGGAAAUGGCUGCCAGAAACUACUCGGUUUUAGUCACAGAGGCUCAUAUUAUUGUUGAAAUUCCGGUGGGGGCGGUUGGCGGCUAUUUCAAGAGCCAUAUUCAGGAUGACCAGUACUUUGUCACUUACACCAUUGAGCCCAUGCUUGAGUUGCUGUGGAUCGAGGAGGUCGCACACGAGGACACCAGCUACAAAGUCCUCUUCCCUAUCACAACACCUCCGAUGGCCAGGCCUCCACAAGUUUGCAACUACACGCCCUUAGACACAGUUCCUGAGCAGGCAGUGUUUGUGCUUGAGUUGGGGACCUUCAACCUUGAUGUGGAGCUGCUGAACAUCACCUUUCCCACCAUGGUGCUAACUGUUGCAGAGUGCAACGCCAGAGGCUUCAAUGUUCAGGAGCAGAGAUCCCUGGACAACACCUUGAAGAGCUUCAGGAUGGAGGUGCCCUUCUCAGACCCGGUGGUCUUUAAGGAGAGAAGGGCGGAACAAGGUGUCACAACCUUCACUCUUCAGCUGAUCUACGGCCUGGUCGUCUUUCCAGAGUACGCUCCUUUCUCUCACUCUGCCGUUGUGGACGCUGUACUGCUGGACAUUGUGCCACCCUCAGUCACUGGCAACUGUGAUCAGGAGAACUUUCACAUCACUGUGGACUACAGGAACCAAGAUCCCUUUUUCGUGGUCUUGGUUGGCAAGCGGCUGCUUAACCAUGAGCUUGCUCAACAGUAUUUAACAGAGGGCGACGCAGACUUCACCAUCACGUUGCCCUUCUCUUCGCCGGACGCAGUGUUUGAGUCGGUUCACCCGUCCUCUGUCAGGAGCAGACUGGAUGUGGCUCUGUUGAAUCCUUACAACAACAUGACCAUCAAAUACUUUUCCCUGGCUUGCAGCUUCCUCAAAACGCUGACUGAGUGUUUCUCUAACGGAACGAUGACUGCGCUGGCGGUCAAGGUGGAGUCUGCUCCCAGUCUGAACCCCGGUCAGCUGACCCUGAGCGACCCCGCCUGUGGUCCCACCUACAGCAACGAUCGCUUCGCCUACUUCCACUUCACUGUCAACUCCUGUGGCACCACCAGGAAGUUUAUCAACAAUGUCAUGCUGUAUGAGAACGAAAUCUCCUUGCCAGAUGAACUUGAGGUGAAGCUGAAUGGCACGACGUCUUCAGAGGAGGAAUAUCAGUUAAAGGUUUCCUGCUACUAUGUGGUCAGUUUUGCCGAGACUGGGACUGGUCGACAAAUGGUCAGAAUGAGACUCGCUCAGGACGCCUCGUAUAACACGUUCCACCAGGAGGAGGACUAUCCAGUGGUGAGGUACCUGAGACAGCCUCUGCACUUUGAGGUGGAGCUGACCAGGUCCUCUGACCCCAAGAUAGCGCUGGUGCUUGACCACUGCUGGGCCACCCCCAACGAGGACCGUGACUCCCGACCCCGGUGGAAUCUCAUCAUUAAUGGUUGUGAGAACCCGGAGGAUCCGUACCGUGUGGUCUUCCACCCGGUGGUAGCUGACGCCAGGGUCCACUUCCCCCCUCACGUCAAACGCUUUGAGGUCUAUAUGUUUUCCUUCGUCGAGGAUGCGGUUGAGCCGAGUGGCCAGGUCUUUGUCCAUUGUGAUGUGGUCAUCUGUGAUGCCAGUAGUCCCUCUGGCGGCCCCUGUAGUGGACAAUGUGUGAAUCAGGACAACUUGAAAAGAGGUAGGUCUUGUGUUAUGCUUUUCAGACCCUGUCAGACCAUAACUGAACUAAUAGGUUCUCUCUCAACAGGUCAACGACAUGUCAAAGACCUCUUUGAGGAGCGUCAUUUCGAUGUUUCUUCUGGAUACAUUCUUUGGGUGUAA